CGUUUCGCGCCUCUCUCUCUCAGCACCUUUCACGAGAAGCAAGUGUGCCAAGAGGACAGCGGAGAAGAAGAGGGGGAGGAUGAACUCACUGUACAACCUGGCGCUGCGCCAGUCGUCGUCGAUCCAGUCUGAUCUCUCGCUGCUCGAGUCGUCAUCGACGGCCAAUGGCGCAUCGCCCUCGUCGAUCACGGCGCUCUCGGGCCAGCUCGCCGCGUCGCUGGGCGCCCUCUCCAAGACAGUCGACGACUACGAGGGCAUGGCCAAGCGUGAACUAAACACAGCGAAGAGACAGCGCGCCCUCGAGCGAGUAAAAAAGUUUCGCGAAGAGGAAAAGGAGCUCCGAAAUGGUUUUGCAGCGGCCAAGGCGAGGGCGGUGGAUCCACAGGCGGCGGCCGCAUCGUCGUCCUCGUCGUCGACGGGGAACGGAAGCGCAUACACGGGUUCCUCGUCCACAGCUGCUUCGUCCUCGAGGCUUGGCGCCGGGACAAGUGCCGACUCGCCGUACUCGCUCCACGCAAGAAAUCAGUCUGGCUAUGGCUCCUCGCCCUAUUCGGCGCAGUCUCCCUACCGACCCGGUGGCGCCGCUUCGUCGUCUUCCGCCUAUGCCGGUCCUGGUGGCGGUACUGUCUCGAUCGGCCUCGAUGAGGAUGCGUCGUCGGAUCCUCGGGCUGCGUACCGCAUGAAUGCCUCAGCGGCCGCCAUGUUCGGCUCAAGCACGGGUUCUGCGCGCGAGGGACAAGCGCUGCGCGAACACUCGUUCAUCCAGCAGACAGAAGCCCAGCUCGAUUCGUUUAUAGCUCAAGGAAGAGAAGUGUGGAGUAAUCUGACGGAGCAGCGCGACAUUCUCAAGGGUACCCAGAGGAGGCUGAGAGACGUUGGAGUCACGAUGGGGCUCAGCAGGGACGUCAUUGGCUACAUUGAGCGGAGGAGCACCCAGGACAACAUCAUCUUCGCUGUCGGGGCCAUCUUUACCCUCAUUUGUUUCUACUACAUCUAUAAAUGGUUUGGUUGAGGAACUCGUUUGAAUUCGAUGAUACAUAUACCAGG